AUGAAAACACAACUUGAAAUGGUUUAUUUAAUGAAUGUUUUACAAUACUUUGAAAAAUUUAAUGACAUUAUAACAUUUUUGUUUUGUAAUAAAAAAUGUAAAGAAGCAAUAGAUUCAACAAGAAUCAAUCCAUUGAUACGAUAUAAAUGUGAGGAUAAAUCAUUAAUUAUUCCAAAAGGAAGAUACAUUAAUACAAAGAAAUUAUUAUUUAAACAAAUUGAAAUAUUUCCGAAGUUAGAAACAAUUGAAUGUGAUGGAAAAUUUAUUAAAGAAAUAAGAGAAAAAUAUUCAGAAUUAAAACAAUAUUAUUUUAAAAUUCACCAUUGUAAAUAUGAAAAUUUAAAAUACAUUCCAAUUAAAAAUAUUAGAAAAUUAGAUAUUAUUCUUAAUAAAAAUGAAUAUUUAGAUUUCAGUCAUUUUAAUAUUUCAUGGUUAAAAAUAACAUUUAUUGAAGUUUCAAUUCAUUCAAUAUAUCAAAUUAUUUAUUCUAUUCCAAAAAAUAUUAAUACAAUUAUUAUAAUAACAAAUAAACAAAUUAAUAAUAUUAUUAAAUUAUUUCCAUAUUCUAAAUGUACAAUACAAACUGAAGAAGGUUGUUUUAAUAAUAAUGAAUUUAAUACAAAUAUAAAAAUAAUGGAAAAUUAUGAUAAAAAUUCUUUAUUAUAUCUUCCUAAAGAAACUAUUAUUAAAUCAGAUAAUGAAUACAAUGAAUCAAUGUUAUAUUGUGAAAAUAUUACAUGUACUAAUGUAACAGGAAAAUAUCAAUUUUCUAAUUAUUUAAAAGAACUGUCUGUUGACAAACUUUCUACAAAUUUAAAUUAUUUAAGAAAACUUGAUAUAUUAGAUAUAAAUAUCAUCUCAAAGAAAAUAGAAUUACCUCAUAUUAUAAAUUCAAUGUUUAUUAACUCACAACAAAUUGAUAUUAAUAAUAUUAUUAAUAUUAAUUCUAUUCAAAUUAAUAAUUUCUAUCUUUAUAACCAUCUAUUUGUAUUAUCUAAUUUACCAACUUCAAUUAAUGAAUUACAUGUAAUAAAAUCAAUUCUUCCUUUAAAUAUUAACUUAUUACCUCAAUUAACAUUUUUAUCUUUAUUUGAAUGUAAAACAAAUGAAUUAAUUCUUCCAUCUUCAUUAAAAAGAUUUGAAACAGAGUCAUUGACAUUAACCAAUAAUAACUUUAAUGAUCUUACAAGUAAACUUACAAAAGUAAUGGUUUAUGAUGACCAUUUUUAUCAUUUUCAAAACCCCCAACUAAUAGAGUCAUUAGAAUUUGGAAAUAUGAAUGAAAUUGAUAUUUCUCAAUUCAUUUGUUUAAAAGACCUUAUCAUUGUUUCAUCUUCUUUUAAAAAUAUACAAAUACCAAAGACAUUAACUCGUUUCGAGUUAGAAUAUUGUACCAUAGUUUCAUCAUUAAACAUCUCUGAAAGUAACAUAACUGACCUUUACAUAGGAUAUUCUAAUCUUCACACUAUUACCUUUCCAACUUCUAUUAAAAACUGUUAUUUAAGACAAAAUCAUCCUUCCUUAAUAUAUGCUCCAAAUAUAGAUAAUUUAUAUCUUAAAUGA